UCAUUAUUUAUUGUCGGGAGGUGAGCAACGGCGUGCAACCCACCUUCUUUCCCGCACAUAAUCCUACCCCACUAUACAACAAAAUACCCAUCAACUAAACCCUAAUAAGCAUAUUCUCAAUCACUAAAUCAAUAUUAUCACCUUCUUCUACCUUAUUUUCUUCCUUCUUUCUUCACUCUCAUACUCACUAUUCAACCUCAUCUUCAUAACAAACUAGAUACUUAUAAAGAUUUUAUAUCUAGAUCUACUGAUCUACUUAGUGAUCAUCCAGAAACAUCCACCAAUCCAGACACAUGCGGAAUCUAACUCACAUAAACUUUCUGAUAUAAAAAAAAACUAUAGAUAUAGCUUUUUUUUGUUUGACUUAUUAGGAGUGAAUUAGGUUUGAGAUUUCUUGUCACCGGUUCAGUUCAGGUGAAGUGUGAUGGCGAACCGGUGGUGGACUGGACCGGUGGGUUUAGGCGGGAUGGAUAACUCGGUCAACUCAUCACCACUAGUACCAAAACCGGAUCUGGGGUUUUCCAUGAACGAAAGUGCGGUGACAGGAGUGAAUAACAAUAACAAUAACAAUGAAGAGGAUGAGAGAGAGAACAGCGAUGAACAAAAAGGAGGAGCUAUAGAAACACACAACUCCACGCGCCGUCCACGAGGUCGUCCGUCAGGGUCGAAAAACAAACCGAAGCCACCGAUAUUUAUAACAAGAGACAGCCCUAACGCGCUUAGAAGCCAUGUGAUGGAAGUAGCGUCAGGGACUGAUAUAGCUGAUAGUGUUGUUCAGUUCGCUAGGAAACGACAGAGAGGUAUUUGCAUUCUGAGCGCAAGUGGAACCGUUGUUAAUGUUUCUCUCCGGCAGCCUACAGGUCCUGGAGCUGUGGUGGCGCUUCCGGGGAGAUUUGAUAUUCUGUCGUUGACUGGUUCGGUGCUUCCUGGACCUUCGCCGCCUGGUGCUACUGGUUUGACUAUUUAUCUUUCUGGAGGGCAGGGACAGGUGGUUGGUGGUGGAGUGGUUGGGCCGCUUGUGGCGGCGGGGCCGGUUAUGUUGAUGGCUGCGACUUUUUCGAAUGCGACGUAUGAGAGGUUGCCUGUGGAAGAUGGUGAUGAUCAGGAAGGGCAGCAGGGUGGUGGUGGUGGUGGUGGAGGUGGUGGUGAUGAGUCUCCUCCGGCUGGGAUGGGACAGUUGGCGGGUGGAUCGGUCGGAGAAGGUUCGUCGUCGAUUCCGGUUUAUAAUAAUGUUGGUGGUGGUUUAGGUGUUUCAAAUGGACAACAGUUGAUGAAUAAUCAUGAAGCUUAUAAUUCUCCUUGGGGUCAUGGUGGUAGACCACCUUACUAAUUAACAAAGGAUUAAUUUAUAACAAACUUUAUCUUGAAGAGGUGUGUUAGAAUUUUAAAAUUUAUAUUGUUUACUACUGAGUAUAUUUUUUUUGUUUGUCAAACUCUCAAUAUUUUAUAUUAAAGCAUUGUGAGUUUGAGAGAAGUUGUUAGAUAAUAUAUAAUGAGUCUUUUAUUAUAGUUAGAUUAAGAGUA